AGACCGCGUUUUCCACACUGGCUGAUGAUGUUCAAUUUUGCCCCUGCUUAUUUGGUAAACACUACACUUGCGUUUUCAAGUCAAAAAUUGCUCGAAUAAUAUAUGAUAGCCAUCAUAUCGUAAGGAAAAGGAAGCCGGCGUACAGAGCUCGAUGCGCGGCCAGCAGAGGCAGCGGCAGAGGCAGAGGCAGAGCAGCGCCAAGCAGAGAAUCUAAGGUCACAGCGACACAAAAAAGGGACAUCAACAUCGAUUUUUUUGCACCCUUUUCUUUUUUUUGCGCGUGGGGCACAAUAUCUGUACGCAAACAAAGAAAGAGGCGGCGGCGGUGGGGGCGUGAGUGCGCAGAUUUCAGCGAAGAUGAGCGGUGGCGGCGGCGGCGAGGAGGAGCAGCAUCUGCCAGGUGUUUCCAGUGCAUCAGGAUCGGCGGCUGGAACGACUGGCGGUCGAGCCACGCCCGAAAUGAAGCGCUCGGCGGUGCGCAGCCUCAUCCAGCGGUACUUCCACCAACUGCAGUCCGGCUGCGGGAACGCCCACUGCAGCAACGCCAACUGCGCCUCCAGCGGCAAGGUGGCGCCCAUGACGCCCAACGAGGUGGCCGCCCGGGCACUGCAGCUCUUCUCGCAGGACGCACAGCUCUGCGAGGCGUCCACAUCGGCGGCCAGCAGUCCCCAGGACGUGGACAUGCUCUCCCCCAACGACAGCAGCAGCAGCAGCAGCGGCAGCUCAACGAGCACCAUUACCUCCGCCAGCACGACCACCACGACCAGCAGACAGUCGCAGAGUGCGCCGGCAGCCGUUGUGGUGGCUGUCUCCAGUCCCAAUCCUGUCCAGAGUGUGCCCCAGCUGGAUCUCGGCGGCGUGGAGGCCUCCGAGGGCGACUCGGAGCCCUGUACGCCCACCCUGCCGCCCGUCCAGAGCCUGGACGCCAACAGUCUGAUGGCUCUGUACGAGCAAUGCAGGGCGGCCGAGAGUUACGACCGGAUUUGCCACGCCAUCGGCGAUGUUUUCUCCAGCGUGGACAGACUUAGCAAGAGCUUCGUACGCUGCGCAGAACCAGCGGCUUCCAGUAGCCUCCAGGAGCUGCUGGCCAAUCCGCCGGAGGCUUUGAACAAGGAGCAGCUGCGAACGCUGGAGGGUGAGCACGACAAGGACGAGGACAGCACACAGCAGGUGGAACAGCAGGAAGAGGUAGCGACGGAGGAAGUAGUAGCAAAUCCUACAGAAGCAGAUCCCGAAGCGGAGCCCGAGGAAGAGGACGAGGACGUGCCCAUGGCUCAACCGUCGGAGGCAGCGGCCGGGGAGGAUCCCUCCCAAAGCAGCGACACGCAGGUGGAUUUGCCGGGACUGCGACGUGUGCAGCGGCUCCUCUUCGGCUGCCAAACGCGUGCCAUUACGGACAAGCUGACCAGCAGCGUCAUCCAAUUGGCCGACUGGGUGCACUACAUGCGACCCGAUUGGGAGAAGGUCGUCCACUGUCUGGUCAUCUGCUUCGAUCUGGCCACCAAUACCAACAACAGUGUGGUGGACAUGGACUACCUGGACAGGGUGCUGCCCAAGCUGUGUCAUGCGGCGGCGGCCAUGCCUGUGCCCGCCCAGGCGCGUCUGGCCAGGAUCUGGGCGGCCCACUGUUCGGAUCAGCUGCAGUCAUUGGUGGCCGCCUGCCAGCAGCAGAUAACGCUGCAGGUGCUCCUGGACGAGGAAUCCAUGCGCGAGAAUGGCUCCAUCAUCAGCGUGACCAAAGUUUUGAAGAUUGUUUUCUAUGCCAACAUCCUGGCCAGCGAGCUGGAGCGACCCUCUUGCCGGCUGCCGCUGGAGGGCAGGACGGAAGCAGCGGACACCUCGGCAUCCGGCAGUGCAACAGUAGAGGACGAUCUGUUCGCCUACAACUCGGUGCUGCAGCCGCACAUGCCCAAGUUCGCCGAGGAUCAGCUGGAGAAGGCGCUGCAGGUGUGGGCCAUCGAUUGCCGGAGGCCACUGGUGCCGCUGGAGGAGUUCUACAACGAGGCGCUCAGCGAGAACAUCCAGAUGCACCACGACUACCUCUCCUACAAGACGUUGGCCAUGGAGAGCGAGCUGGGCUCCGGCCACACGAACUAUUUCUCGUUCAUGCUGUACGCCUUUAUCCUCACGCCGGCCACGAAAGUGGAUGCCUUGUACUACGACAGCCGAAUGAGGAUGUACAGCGAGCGCUACACCUCGCUCUACUCGAUCCUCAACAACUUUGGCCAGGACGGGCAGGAUGGAACUCCGCGGCCGGAUCUUAAGCUGACUGUGCGCAGGGACCAACUCAUCAACGAUGCGCUCAUUGGGCUGGAACUGGUGGCCAUGAGCAGUCCCAAGGAUCUCAAGAAGCAGUUGGUGGUGGAGUUCGUCGGAGAGCAGGGCAUCGAUGAAGGCGGCGUAUCCAAAGAGUUCUUCCAGCUAAUUGUGGAGGAGAUUUUUAAUCCAGCUUUUGGAAUGUUCAUACAGCAGGAGGAAACCAACAAUAUGUGGUUCAAUGCCACACCCUUCGAGAACGGCGCUCAAUUCACCCUGAUCGGUAUCAUCAUCGGCCUGGCAAUCUACAACAACGUGAUCCUGGCCGUCAACUUCCCCAUGGUGGUCUACCGCAAGUUGAUGGGCUACUGCGGCACCUUUGCGGACCUCAGCGACUGGAGUCCCACGCUGCACAAGAGUCUGAAGUCCAUGCUGGACUACCAGGGCCAGGACAUGGAGGAGGUCUUCGACCAGACCUUCAAGAUCAGCUACAGCAACGUGUUUGGCGAAAUGGUGGAGCACGAACUGGUGCCGAAUGGCAAGGAGGUGCUGGUGGGGCAGCACAACAAGCAGCUGUUCGUCAACCUGUACAGUGACUUCCUGCUGAACACGAAUAUCCAGCAGCAGUUCAAUGCCUUCCGCAAGGGCUUCGAAAUGGUCACGGAUGAGUCGCCACUGAAGCUGCUCUUCCGACCCGAGGAAAUCGAGAUGCUGGUCUGCGGCAGUCGGGAGUUCGACUUUGUGGAACUGGAGCACUCGACGGAAUACGAGGGCGGCUACACGGAUGAGACUCAGAUUAUCCAGGAUUUCUGGAGCAUUGUGCACGCGAUGCCCAACGAGUCGAAGCGCAAGCUGCUUGAAUUCACGACGGGAUCGGCGCGUGUUCCGGUGGGCGGGCUCAAGUGCCUGCGGCUGUUGAUCACGCGACACGGUCCGGAUAGCGACCGGCUGCCUACCUCGCACACCUGCUUCAACGUGCUGCUCCUGCCCGAGUACAGCAGCCGCGAGAAGCUGGAGGAGCGCCUGAUGAAGGCAAUCAACUACUCAAAGGGCUUCGGCAUGCUUUAAUCCAAGCCCUUUUAGGGCAUUCUGUCACCAAGUCCAAACCUCCAAGUCCAAGUCUGUCAUCGGAACUGACCCACCUCUCUGGGAUGAAGAAGGAGAAGAUUUUAAUGGGUUUGAGUUCGUUUUGGGUUCUGCCAUUUAUUUUUGAUACGACCUGUUCAAUGAGACAAUAUACAUACUGAAUAUAUAUGCUCAAUUUAUGGUGCGAUGGCUAGCGAGCAGACCGAACGGACACGCGAUUUUGUUUCCCUUUGUCGCCCAGUUAAAUGUAAAUACACACCACAUACCGCAUUAUGUGCAUUCACCUUUGUAACACCCACAUUUAUACCGCAACGCGCUGAAUAUUUUCCUAAAUAAAUUUAAAGUUGUGCGCCGAA